AUAUUCAAAAGAUUGAUUUUAAUUCUUUGAUCAGAAAAUUCAAAACAUUGAAUUUUGUUUUUGUUUCAUUUGAAUGUUCAAAACAUUGAAUUUACAACACUUAUGCAUGACUAACUAACAAAAAAAUUCAAUUUGGAAGUAAUUAUAGGCAUUAUGGGAGUAUAUAAAUGUGGCAAAGCUAAUUAAACGUAGAUCUUUCAAGGUAAGGUGCAAUCGCAAGAAUGGAAGUUCCUUGGCUAUUCUUAGCACUCUUCAUUUUUUCCCUCUCCAUUUUAUUAAAACUUGUUAAGAGACACAGCACACCAGCAAAGUUACCACCAGGACCUCCAAAGUUGCCCUUGCUAGGCAACUUACACCAGCUAGCAUGGACAGCCACUGUCCCCCACCGCCGCCUCGCCGAGCUAGCCAGCAUUUACGGCCCUAUCAUGCACCUCCGUCUAGGGGAAGUAUCCACCGUUGUCAUAACAUCGGCGGAGUUGGCGAAGGAGGUGAUGAAGACUCAUGACACUGUUUUCUGUGAUAGGCCACAGAUUAUGGUGGCAAAAGAGUUUUUCUAUGACUCUACGGACAUUGGUUUGGCUCCCUAUGGCCAAUACUGGCGGCAGGUUCGGAAGAUCGCCGUGUUAGAGUUGUUUACGGCGAAGAGGGUGGAGUCGUUUCGGCCGAUCAGGGAAGAAGAGGUGGCGAAUCUCAUGGAGUUCCUGAAGUCGGAGGAAGGGUCCGUGGUUAAUCUUAGCAAGAAACUUUUUGGCCUCAUCUUCAACAUCAUGUCUAGGUUAGCGUUGAGUAGGAAAGGAAAAGAACAAGAAGAAUUUCAAGCUCUUACCGUAGCAGUGUCAACACUUGCCGCUGGUUUCUCGGCUGCAGACUUCUACCCUUCGGCGAAGUUAUUUCAUUCGAUAAUUGGGACGAAGAAAAAAUAUAAAGAGCUUGUUAAAGAAGCCAAUAGGAUACUUGAUCCUAUAAUUGAUGACCGCAAGGCUAAGAAGAAAGAUAAUGAAGAUUUGGUGGAUGUUCUUCUCAAGUUUCACAAGGACAAGAACAACCUCAAAAAUCCACAUGGUGAUUUUUCUUUGAGUUUAGAUAACAUUAAGGCUGUUGUAUUGGAGCUUUUUGGUGCGGGAUCUGAGACAUCCUCAGCAACAAUAGAAUGGACAAUGUCUGAAUUGCUAAAGAACCCAAAAAUAAUGGAUAAGGCACAAGCAGAGGUACGACAAGUAUAUCAAGGACAACCAACUGUUGAUGAGACGAAGCUACAUGAGCUCAAGUUCUUGAAACUAAUAAUUAGAGAAACCUUACGACUUCAUCCUCCAGCACCUCUUUUAGUCCCUAGAGAAUCUCGAGAGAGAUGCCAAAUUCAUUCUUAUGAUAUACCCUUCAAAACUCGAGUUAUUAUUAAUGCAUGGGCUAUAGGAAGAGAUCCUCAAUAUUGGCCAGAGCCAGAAAGAUUUAUUCCAGAAAGAUUUGAAGAUUGUUUGAUAGAUUACAAAGGAAUUAAUUUCGAGCUAAUUCCAUUUGGUGCAGGGAGAAGAAUGUGUCCAGGCAUAGCACUUGGGAUAGCUAAUGUUGAGCUUCCAUUAGCUAUGCUACUUUACCAUUUUGAUUGGAAGUUACCUCUUGGAGUUAGACCUGAAGAUCUAGAUAUGGAUGAAUCUUUUGGCAUAUCAAUGAGGAGGAAAAAUGAAUUGCAUGUAAUUCCUUAUUUAUAUCGUUCAUAACUUUCUUUUAGAUGAGAUCUUUGUAAUGAGUAAAAGUUCUAUGUAUGCAACUACUAUAUUUCCGAUGA